GUGAGGACAUACGCGUGUGAAAAAUAAUGGGGGCGAAUGGGUCGAUGGAUACCCAAGGGCGAGGUGGUGGCUCUACAUGUCCAUUAUGCCACAACGAAUGCAGAAAUCAGACGACACUGCGAUGCAGACACCGCUUCUGCGAGGGAUGCAUCUACGAGUUGUGGAGCAGCUCGCAGUCGGGACCCUACUACUGCCCCGAAUGCAAACAGGAAUACAGGAAGUUAAACGAUGCGCUUUGGAAUACUGCUAGCCCAUCAGCUAGCAGGUACCACUCUGGAUGGAGAGACAGGCUAUCCUCUCCCGCCUCCCACCGCAGUUUUCUGGGCAAGAGGCAAAACACAAGACCCCUGGAUCAACAACACGAAGGAGGGGGAGGGCACAGACUAGGCACGACUGCACCAUCCACCAAUGGGAUCAGGAGAGAUGAUGGCGCCGACUAUUAUGAUGAUGGGGCAUCACCUCCGCGCAAAAGGGCAAAUUCCUCGCCAAAUGUUAACUCCGCCGGUAAAACAUCUACAUUAUGGGACCAUGGCACUGAUCGAAGGGGGUCACAACCUUUAGAAGGCACAUCCGCUACACUGUGGUCCUCCGCUGAAAACCCCGCCGCAAGACAGGGACCUAUAAUCCUGGAGAGUGAUGACUCCAGUGGGGGGGAGGAGCAGCAGCAGCAGCGCUCAGACGGACAGUCACCAGUAGAUGAGGAGAUGCCACUGGAGGUGGCUGCUGUGGACCCCGAGGCAUCCCCCAAGCUGCUCACCCCACCCAGGCAGAAGUCUCCCAGAGCACCUCCACCUUCUGCAACUGACAUCCACCCUCCAUCACCACUCAGAGCCCACUCUGUGAGCGGCUCACCCCCAGCAAACACCAGCUCACAUCGUCACCCGUCUCCAGCCGCCGCCAGUCGUCAGCCCCCCUCCCCACGCCAGCAGUCCUCACCACCAUUGCGAGACACUACCACCCAUCACCACACAUCACCACGCACCAGCCCCAACUCUGCAUCCUCCUCCUCCUCCUCGUCUUCCCCCACCAGCAGCAGACCUGUGGUGCCCUGCCACUACUGCCCCACCAAGGACCAGCGUCCCGCGGUGAAGACGUGCCUGCAGUGCGGGGCGUCCAUGUGCCCCGAGCACCUGCGCACCCACCUGGAGUCGCCCGUGUUCCAGGGCCACCCGCUGGUGCCGGCGGUGGCUGACGUGUCGCCAUGGCGAUGCCAGGAGCACCAGGAGAUGAACCGCAUCUACUGCCGGCCGUGUGCAGUGUGUGUGUGUACGGUGUGCACCGUCAUCGGAUCGCACCGCGAACACGCCUGCAUCAGCAUCAAGGAGGCCGAGAAAGAGCUGAGGGGCCAAAUGAAAGAAGAGAUGAAGAAAUUGCAAGAACAUGAACGAGCGAUUGCAACAAGAAACACUGAACUCCUUCAAAAGAAACAGGCCUUUCAGGAGGUGCUUGAGGAGGCCAGGGCCAACGUGCAGAGCCAGUACCAGGCCAUGCGGGAGGCCCUGGACCAGGAGGAGCAGCAGGCCCUGCGGUGUGUGGCCCAGGAGGAGGCGCGGAGCCUGGGGGGAGUGGAGGGGCAGCUGCACCUCCUGCAGGGGUCCCUGACCACCAUCCAGCACAGCAUGGACACCCUCACUGGGCUGGCCGACGCUACAGGAGUACUGCGCGCCCAGGACCAGGCUUUCAUCAUGGAAUACAACAAGGUGGCCAACAGGAUUAGUGGGAUAUCCAGCCCGGUGGACGGCCUGGACUGCCUACAGGAAGUGGACCGGGCUCGGCUGGAGUGCCUGCGGGGGUGGACGGAGAGGCGUCUGGACACCGUGGUCAUCUCCCGGCCACACAGAGACCCCUUCAGACUCUUGUACGGCAUCUCUCCCGUCCUGGACCCAGACACCGCCCACCCGAAGCUGCUCCUGUCGGCGGGUGACCGGCGGGUGUCGUUCAGCGACACGGCCCAGCCGUACCCGGAGAGCGAGGGCCGCUUCAGCUCCUUCCCCCAGGUGCUGGCCACCGAGGCCCUGCGGGGGGGCGGGGCCGGGGGCCGCUGGUACUGGGAGGUGGAGGUGUCGGCGGACGAGGGCGGACGCUGGAAGGUCGGGGUGUGCGAUGGCCAGAUCGGCCGCAAGGGCCAGAAGGACGCCAGCCGGCUGGGCUUCAACGCGCUCUCCUGGUGUCUCCUCAGCGAGGGGAAGGGGAAGGUGGAGGUGCUGCACGAUAAGGCCACCACGGCUGUCUGCUCCGACGCGCCACGCAGGGUGGGCGUGCUGCUGGACUAUGAGGAGGCCGCCUUGUCCUUCUUCACUGUGGCUGAGGAGGGAGACCUGACGCUGCUGUACAGCUACCAACUGCCAAGCGACACGCAGCCCCUCUACCCAGCCCUCGCCGUCUCCAAGACACAGCUGACCGUCUGCGACCUCUUCCAGGAUGAUGGUGCGGAUGAGAGCGUUCAAGAAUAACAGGACUGUAAUCAGGGGUGAAUUUCUCAAAACCAAAGUUGCUUACUACAUUAGCUACUUGUUGUUUUCAAUGCAUUUUCCCAUUGGCAACUACCGAAGUUGCUAAAAGGCUAACAACUUCUCUUUUGAGAAACUCACCCCAGAGUUGUAUAAAGUAGAAGUAAAAAUACCUUUACAGAUGUAAUUACAACACUAGUACCGGUAGUAUGAUAUUAUAAGUCGAAACCAUAUCAUACAACUAGUGUUUUAUUACAUAUGUACGAGUACUUCUUCUUCUUCAUACAAUUUUGACUGUAAUGAUGUAAGGCUGAAAUACUGUAUUUGUUUUAUAAUCUUGUCAGCUCAUCUCAAGAUGGAAGUUAUGGCUCAGCUUUUUUUUCUACAUUGUUUUUUUUUUUAAUCAAAUUUUGCACUUUUUUAAUUGUUUUACAACAUUUUUACUUUUUAAGCAAAAUGGAGAGUAUCACCACUUUAUCAAUCAUAUCUGUUUUUUAA